CGUAUCUUGUGUAGCUACGUUGGAUCUGCUUCGAUGCAUGGUUUACUCUCUUCCAGUCUGCGCACUGGGGGAGAGAAACUUUGAGAAUGGACGUCUUCGUACCAUGGCAGUAUGACGUUGCACGCGAUCCAUACGGCACAAUUUCGACGGCCUUGGGUUCGAUCUUUCCAACCAUUCUCAAAACUAAAACCGAAGACGUUCCGGCCGACGACUCCUCUCCCGCUACCAGUGACCAUGAUCUUCCACCUCCACACAAUGGCGAGCUCAACAAGUCGGCCCUGGCAGCAGUUGGCGUAAUUGCAGCCCUCAAUCUUCCAGCUUACAGGUACUACCGCUCUCAACAUACCCUCGCAGUCCUCGAAGCUCAAAAUGGACUCCCUGGCAAGUGUGCGCGAUGGGUAUCCUAUAUCUCCAGCACGCUAUCGCGGAACAUCCUCGACGCCUGCGUGCGAUACAAAUGGUCGCAAAAGACGAUUGCCAUGACAGAAAACACAAUGCUCUCCUAUGACAGCAUCAGAAGUGGCCGAUGGUGGACUCUUCUGUCCUCGAACUUUGUACACCAGGAAGCCGCUCACUUCAAGGUCAAUGUGUAUUGUCUGCUCUGGUAUGGGACUUCAUGUGCUCGCGUACCGGGCGUUAGCUGGAAGGAAGUGUUUGGUUUGGCGAUCGUGACUGGUUUGGCAUCGAGCAUUGCCACUCUUCUACGCCUCAAAUGGCAGGGCUCAUGGAUCGAGAAAGAGUUCCAGGUCAGCAGAGGGCUGAGUGGAGUGGUGUAUGGUUUCGCUGCGGUUGCAGCUUUGAAUGCUUACCGCAAUAAAGAACGCAUGCCAUCGGGGUUCUCAUCUCGCAUUCGCUGGAUCAUCUCACAGAGCAUUUACGCGUGCGAUCGGACGUUUCCUAUGACGAUAAUCGCCAGAGAUAUUGCCGCCCUUUUUGGACGUCCCUACAAUGCCAAUGAAAAGGGCAUUAAUCACGCCGGGCACGUUGCCGGAGCAGUAUCUGGCGUAGCCUUUUACUUCUUUGUGCUUUACAAGAGAAAGCGAUCGCAAGCUAGCUGUAUCGCGCCCGACAGCCAUCCAGGUGACUUGAGUAAAGAGCAUGAGAACAAGAGUUAAUAGCACCGCGAUGUCAUCCAUGACUCAAUUAGAGACAUCCAAUACACAGCAAGCGACAUCUUUCUUGACCUAGCACCGUCAGCUAUCAUGCGAGCGACCGAGCUUGGAUAGUCGUCCCGUUGACAGCCAGAACAGAAAGAAGCAGGACAACGUUAUAGAGAAGACGAGCAUUUCAAGUCAAGGUCUCACAAAUGUAUGACAAGACCCCACCACAAUUCUAUAUCGCGCGUUUUGAUCGCUACACUUUCAUCCCCAU